AUGGAUAGCGGUACUAUACACGACGACAUACCAAAUUUGGUAGAAAACACACAGUCGGAUGAGGAAAAUGUGGAAGCAGGGAGUUUAAAACGUUCAACAGCUGAGAACUAUCCAACUGUAAAAUCAUCUAAAUACGAUUUUGCUACCAAAAACCUGCUUCAUUUCGAACCAACUUCGGCAAGUAUAAGCCCUACUUCCGCCAGUACUCGAUAUCCAAUGCAUAUGCCAUCGUUCAAGCGAAUAGAUUUUAGUGAUUUAAGUGAUGCAUUGGUUGAAGAAAGAAAGCCUGCUUGGAAAUUGUGGCAGGAUUCAAUUAAAGAUUCUUAUUAUACGGCAAGUUGUCAAUUCCCAAAUGCAGAAAAAACCGUUGAAGAAACAGCAUUUAACGAUUCCCAAUUGGUACGACGCCACGAAAAGCGAUCUGAUAGUCCAUUCGAAGAAUUAUCAAUUCGUAGUCCAUCGAUUCAAAGGCCAAGUCAUCAUGCGUUAUAUCCGCGAACUAGAGGAAUUUACCAUGAAACAGGUCCAUAUGCAGCACCAGCUGUAUCUUCUUCCAAAGGAAUUGAAGCACGUUACAGCAAAAAAGUAAGCGACAUUGAAGCACAUCUACUGAAAACAUCAGUUUUACCAAAUUCGAUGAAAAUCAUUACUACGCACGAUUUUCGGAAUGGGCCAGCUCCAGCAUCUGGUAGUGCCUCAGAGGCAUUCGCUGACGAAACAGAUUUUCAAACGUUUAUGCCACGUCCGUAUUAUAGUCGCCCAAAUCGCGAUGAUCCGGAUUAUUUUGAUUUUGAUUUGCAAUAUUCUGUUGAUCUGUACAAACGUCCAGAAGGAAAAUAUGUUCCACGAGGGCCACAAACAUGGGAGGAAAAAUUGUUACGAGAAUCGAGUUCUAAAGGUGAUGCGCCGCUAUCAACUUAUAUGUUUACCAAGACCAAAGUAACAAAAAGAGAGGCAAUAGACUCAGUGAAGUACAUGCAAAUGUUGCUUAAGGGUGAUACGGAUUGGCGUACUGCUGGUACAUCCUAUCUAAGCGCCGCACUACGAACUCCAUCGUUUUGGGAACACCGGUUCCAAUCAAUUGGUCGAGAAGUUCGUGAAAGCAAUCCGAUUUCAUUUGACAGUCUUGCAAGGAUUGCAUUUCCUUGA